CACAGGCUGAGUUCUCCUUCCGGUUCAAACCUGCUUCGAACUUCAUGAACCACAACAGCAGCCCGGUUCCUUCAGUGUGAUACAAACAGAUGUGUUACCAGUAUUAACUCAUUUUAAUUAACGCUAGCUGCAUCGAACAUGGCCGGUUUACCUCCCGGAGACCCGCAGCUGGUCUCAAUGAUCGUCAACCACCUGAAAACACAGGGUCUCUUCGACCAGUUCAGGAGGGACUGCCUGGCAGACGUUGAUACAAAGCCAGCUUACUUGAACCUCAAACAAAGAGUGGACAACUUUGUCUCCAAUCACCUCUCUAACCACACAUGGAGCCCUCAUCUGAACAAGAACCAGCUGAGAAACAACAUCAGACAACUUGUGCUGCAAUCUGGGAUGCUGGAGCAGGGAGUGGACAGGAUUGUAGCCCAGGUGGUGGAUCCCAAAAUCAACCACAUCUUCAGGCCACAGGUGGAGAGGGUGGUCCGUGAGUUUCUGUCACCUGGCAGCUGCUCCGAGGAGCCACUGCCCCCUCUGCCUUUAAUAGAGACCAAACCAGACAGCAGCAUUCCUGAGCAAGCCUCCUCGUCUGCUCCGGCUACCACUGCAGCCAGCGACGCCAUGUCCAUCCUGGACACCAUAACUUCUCUGAACCAGGAGGCGAGCGUCAGGGCCAGCUCAGACAAAGGACGCAAAGGCCAAGAUGAGCCCAUGCAGCUGGUGGAGGAUGGCGAGCAGGACAUGAGCAUUGUCGAAGAAGGAGACAGCCACCAUGAUGGAAGGACACAGGAGGAGGCAGACGAGCUGGCAUCAGAGGUCCAGGCGUUAGAAGUGAAGACAGAGGACUCUCAGGAUCAGAUGGAUCUGGGAAAAGAGGGGUUAACAGAGGAGGUGAAGAUGGAAGAAGAGGAGUCAGGAGCUCCGGAGCAGACGGAGGAGGAGAGAGAUAAAGCUGCCAGCAGAACAACUGGAAAACCCUCAGAGGAGAGGCAGGAUGAUGAUCUGCUUAAAUCUACCAGUCAGGCAAAGCAGAAAGCCAGAGAGAGGAUAAAGGAAGAAUACUUUUUGGAGGACUCUGACCUGGAGGGCCUGAGUGACAUCACCGUGAGCUCCGUCCACACCAGCGACCUGUCGUCAUUCGAGGAACAAAGUGAAGACGACGAGCAGCUGUCUGAUUCCUCUGAAGAGGGCGAGCUCCCAUCAGACGACCAAGAUGAGAAAGCAGAAAAGAAACCAGCCAGUGGAGACACAGAAGAAGAAGAGCGCAAACCUCGCCGCAAGGCCUACGUUCACAAGCCCUUCCUCUACUCCCGUUACUAUAGCGACUCGGAUGAUGAAAUCACUGUGGAAGAACGCCGGAGAUCUGCUGCAAAGGACAAAGAGGAAAGGCUGCUGAAGAGACAACAGAACAGAGAGCGAAUGGAAGAGAAGCGUAAACAGAAAGCAGCACAGGCUGAAGAACAAGAUCACAAAAAACAAAAGAGUGGAGACACUGCUGGGCUGGAGGGCCCCAGGGCCAAAGAGGCACGCAAAGAAAGGAAAGUUCUGGAGAAAAAAAUGGCUCUCAACAGGAAGAGGAAGCUCGACUCAAGGAAAGAGGAAGAUGUUUCAAGCAAAAAGAAAGGAGAUGCAGAAGGAUCCAAGAAAGCGGAAGUAAAAUCUACAAUGUCAAAACCUCUACAACCGAAACUGAUCAGAAACCUGUCAGAAUCAGCAUCGUCUGACGAGAGGCACAGAAGGAUGAGUGGCAGCGUCUCCGAAGACUCCAGUGAACCCAAAAAGCUGACGGACAAAGGCCGGACUCACUCCUUCAUCCUGGAGUUGGAGCAAGGCUCCCAGGAGGCUCUCAAACAGCGCUCAGUUGGGAAAUUUGACAGGCUGUCCCGUAAAGAACUUAACCCUAAAGAACGCAAAGAGAAAGAACGCAGCUUGUCAGAUGAACGCGCCAAACUUAAACAAAAGCUGGAGAAAAAAUCUGAACAUCAGGCAGAUGAAUCUCAGCAGAAGGACGGUGUCGCCGUUAAAGUGCCAUCUGAAGACAAAGGUGAGAAGAAGCUGAAGAUUAAAAGUGAGAAGAAAACAGCUGGAACCACGAGGGAAGGAAAGUUGUCAGAAGGUGUGGCAGACGAGGGUCCUAAAGAUGCUUCUGUCAAGAAGGCGAAAGCUCCAUCGAUGGAGACUGUCAAAGCAGAGAAGGACAAAAUUAGAGAAAAGGAGAAAGAUAAGGAAAAGAGCAAAGAAAAGGAAAAGGCCAAAGGCGAGAAAACUUCAGCUAAAAGUGAUUUCAAGCAGCUGCUCCGCCCUGAUUCUGCUGGCUCCUCCGAGGAUCGGUCUGACAUGGAGCCCGACGGCAGCAAGAAGAAAGAUAAACACUCCAAGGAAGUCCUGAAGAGAUCAAAGAGCCACAGUGAGGACAGGCCAGGAGACAAACCCAAAUCUAAAACUGACAGUAAAGACAGCGAGAAGGAAAAGACUAAGGCAGAUCAAGACAGCCAGAAAUCGAACAAGUCCAGCUCUGAAACUGACAAAGAUCCAAAAAGGGUCAAACCAACAGAAAAAGGAAGAACCAUGGAAAAAUCUAAAUCAAAAUCCAAAGAGGAAACAAAGACUUUAUUGUCAUCAAAGACAGAUAAAGUUCAGAGUUCUGAAGUCAAACCUACAGGAAGUGCACCCAUCAGCAAACCUGAGGCGACAAAGGAGAAGAAAAAAGAGGGAAAUGCAAAGGAGCAGCGUAAAGUCUCCGAGGAACCUCUGCAUGACAAAUCAGACAUUAAAACUGCAAAGAAAAAAACCGAGAAGAAGGAUAAAGUCCCAGAAAAGAAAGAUGACAGCCAAGAGGAGAAGAAAGCAGCCAGAGAAGACAAACUGGAAAAGUCUGAUAAAUCUUCGAAGUCCCCACUUUCCUCAGCCGAAGCAGACGAGCUGCUGAAGAAACGCUCUCUCCUCCAAGACACCAGCACAGACUCCGACCCCGUCACCACCACCGUCACCACCUCCUUCUCAGACGAUACUUGUGACGCACUAAGCGACAUCACCCCUGAGCCUCCUGAGGGUGAAACGGAGUCACGGCUGAGCGAUAUUCCAGCUGUGCCGGCUGAGGCCGACGCUCUGUUGGCUCUCAUGGACGUCUGUACCUCAGCAGAGGCAAGACUUCCCCCUGAGAGCAGUCGGGAGGAUGUGACGCCUGAGAUGCAGGAUGCUGACAUGAAGAUGCAAGAGGCAGCUCUGACUCUGCUCUCCAUGGACCCUGACAGCACAGUUUCCUCCACCUUAAUGUGUCACAGCACCAGAGAAGAACCAGAGGUGAGUCAGAGUGAGACUUCACCACAGCCGAUGGAAACCAGUGCAGCUGAACAGGAAGAGCCUGUAAUGGCUGCGCAAACAGCUGCUGAAGCUGAGCCAUCACCAGUUACAACUCAACAAAUUGUUGAGUUUGUUGAUGAAAAACCGAACACUGCAGAUCUGUCUGAAAAUUUGGAGAAAGAAAUGGAUGUGGAGGCUUCACAGGAGGAAGACACUAUCUCAAGUGAAUGUCAGCCUCUUUUAAAUGAGGAUGAAGCCAAAGAUGCAGAAACUGCUCCUGAAACACAGCCAGAUGGAAAUAUGGCAUCAGCAGCAGCAGCAGCAGAAGAAGAAGAAGAAGAAGAAGAAGUAGAAGAAGCAGCAGCAGCAGCAGCAGCAGAGGAAGCAACAGCAGAAGAAGCAGCAGCAGCAGCAGAGGAAGCAACAGCAGAAGAAGAAGCAGAAGCAGAGGAAGCAGCAGAAGCAGAGGCAGAGGAAGCAACAGCAGAAGCAGCAGCAGCAGCAGAGGAAGCAACAGCAGCAGAAGCAGCAGAAGCAGAGGAAGCAGAAGCAGUGGCUGGUGAAGAAGCUGCUGGUGCUGUCGUGUCAGAAGCAGAGGAGACGAGAGGAGCCACAGAGGAAAGAAUAACUGCAGCUGACGCCAAUGAACAAAUCUCAGAAAUUCCCACAACACAAGAUCAAACUGAGCCAGAAGUCACAGACACAAAGACGAGCCCCAAGGCAGAGGAAGCUGAGAGUGAGACAGCGGAGGAAGAAAAUGUUGCACCAGAGAAGAGUGACACACAAACUAUGGAGCCGGAGAAGACAGAGGAGAUCAGAGAAAGUGGACCUGAGAUUCAGUCCAAACUGGUCAAACAAAUCAGUAAUGUCUCCAGCACAGACAGCCAGGACGACGAGAAGGGAUCAGACCUGUCAGAGAAGGUAUCAGACCUGUCAGAGAAGGAAGAGAAGACAGAGAGGAGAGGAAGACGUAAACGAAAGCUUUCCACACAGAAAGUUGAAGCAGUGAAAGAAUCAGGUGAUGAGAGGGAUGAAAAGGAAAGUAAAGAGCAGCCGUCUGCUGAGGAACCGGAGCAGGAGAAGGCUGCAGAAGUCAGAACACCACGCAGGGGUCGAUCAUCCAAAACCACCGAGGAGGCAGAGAGGGACCAACCUAAAGAAGCUGAGAAAUUGGAGGAGACUCCGAGCCGCGGGGGGAGACGUUCAGGAGCUGCUGCCAAAGAAACCACUGCUGAUAAUCAGGAGAAGGAUGAGAGUAAAGACGAGGAGAGCACUGAGAAAGAAGAGAGAACUGAAGAGGAAAGUGGACCAAAGGAAACUGCACAGCAAGAAAGUCAAGACAAUCUGCCGUCUCCUGUUCCUGAAGACGCUGAAGCUGCAGGAAGCUCCGCCUCCAAAGAGACCACUGACACACAUGAACCAGCAGUGAAGAGGAAGAGGUCAGAGGAAAUGGAGGAAUCUAUGGAGGUAACUCAGGCUGAAGAGGAGGUAAAGACGGACAACAGUCAACAAGAACAAAGUGAGCAACAACCUGACAGUGUUUGUUCCCCCUCAGUGAGUCAGGCAGAGGGUGAGGAGGAGGUCACAGAGGAGAUCUGCAGUGAGAAGAAACCAGAUGAUGCUGAGGAGGAGCAGCAACAGGAGGACCAAGAGACGACUCCAAAGAGACCUGGGCGGAGAGGUCGGCCGAAAGCAGCAGCAACAACAGAGGAUUCAGAUAAAAAGGACAAAAAGGCAGAAGAAAGUGAGCAGAAUGACGAAGAGGAGGACGACGAUGGUGACAAAGAAGGGGAAGAAAAGGGAACUGCAACCAGAGCGACCACACGCUUAGCAUCUCGCCUGGAGGCUGAAAGAAACAAGCCAAGCAAACCAUCCACCCGGGCGAGUCGACAGAGCGGUAAAGAGGAGACCGCAGCUGGCACACGCGGGACGAGGGGCCAGGCAGCGGCGGCAGCAGCAGCAGCAGGAGCGGCGAAGGGGGGCCGUAAACGUGAGGCCAGCCCCCCUGUGGUGCGAACGCGGGGAGGACAGAAAUCAGAGGAGCCCCCUACCAAGAGAGCCAAACGCUAAAACUUCAGACAGCGGUGGACUGAUUCACCCCGGCAGCGUUUUCUCUCCACUCCAUAUUCAAAGUCAGUUUUGUUGACGGGGGGUCAGAGAGCGUCUACAGUCGGCACGUGAAGCUGUUUCUGCUUCAUUGACUGUAGAUAUUGAAAAGCUCUGGAUAGUAUUAAACUCUCUCCUCUGAUGGCCGAGUGUAAACCUGAGGAUCUGUGCAGGAAUCCCCUCAGAAUACCUUCUACUGCACUACGCCCAGAUGGUUUGGAUCAGACUUCAUCAUUCCUGCGUUUAUUCAGUAAUACCCAGUGAAUCAGAGCAUUUCAGGCCAAUCACAGGCCUAACGAGCUGCCGAGUCGCGCUUUGACAUGAAGAGGGUGAAUUGAAAUUGAGUGUUUGAGUUCCUGCUGAGACUGUGAGUCCGUACACCUGUACAUAGAAAUCACUGUGAAUUUUAUCAUUUAAUAUUCAUUCUGUGAAUGAAAGGAGACGUUUUCUUUACCACUAUUUUUAAGUUUUUGUUUUUACACUCUGUCUUUACAUCAUCCAGGGGGUAAGGGAAGGUUUUUUUUUUGUUUUUUUUGCUUGAAACAACAGCAGUAUUAGACGAGAGACGACACAGUACGUGAACUUUUAUCUAUAAACUGACCCUUCAUGACAUAUUUGUAACAACAGCUGCUGCACACAAAGUUUCUUACUCUCUAUACAGAGGUAAUCUCGUUACAUGUAUUGUUUUACAUUAAGUGUAUAUCAAUAUAAUGGUGUUAGAUAUCUCACCUACCUGUAAAUGUAAAGAUUUGUUGUUUUUUUUCAUAAAUGUAAAAAUACUGAA